AUGAAACAUCGCGAAGAAGAGAGCUAUAAGAUCAUUUUAUUAGGAAAUUCAGGUACUGGCAAGACUUCAAUUAUAGAUCGCAAGCGUUUAGGCACAACAGCUCCAGAUUUACACCCUACAAUUGGCUGUAAUUCGACUGAUAUGGUGAUAAAUCUAAAAGAUAAAUCAGUAAAACUGAAAGUAUGGGAUACUGCUGGCCAAGAAGAAUACAAAUCUAUUGUCCCAAUUUACACUCGUGGCGCGCAUGCCGCAUUAUUAGUUUUCGAUGUAACAGAUAUGUCGUCAAUUCAGAGCUUGGAUGGCUGGAGAUCUAUGCUUCUUGAGAGUGAACCGACCGAAGUUCCAUUUUUCGUUGUUGGAAACAAAAUUGAUAUGAAAUCUGAAAAUACAAUAAGUAGAGAAAUCGCACAGACAUACGCAACAAGAUACUCUGCCGAUUUGUACUUCGUUUCCGCUCUAUCUGGGCAAGGAAUCAACGAACUCUUCGAAAAGGUCGCUGAAAAAGUUUCUGAAAGAAAAUCAUUCGAAAAAGAUCCUGCUCCAAAAGAAGUUAACCACUCAAACUCAGGAGGUUGUUGCUAA